GUAACGGCGCAUGCGCACCACCCAGCUAAUCAUUUGGCGACGUGUACCCGGUGUUUGGUAGUGAUUAGGUAUCUCAUCUCUGCUGGGUAACAAACUGCCAUAAAACCUAAAAAGCCUUAAAAGAGCGACACUAUGGGAGGAUCGCAGAGCGUGGAGAUACCGGGAGGAGGCUCCGAGGGCUACCACGUCCUCCGGGUUCAGGAGAACUCACCUGGACACCGCGCAGGACUGGAACCUUUCUUUGACUUCAUCGUCUCCAUCAACAACACCAGACUGAACAAGGACAAUGACACCUUGAAGGACCUGCUCAAAGCCAGUGUGGAGAAACCAGUGAAGAUGCUGGUUUAUUCCUCGAAGACACUGGAGCUGCGGGAGUCAACAGUCACCCCAAGCAACCUGUGGGGGGGCCAGGGACUGCUCGGCGUUUCCAUUCGUUUCUGCAGCUUCGAGGGAGCCAAUGAGAAUGUCUGGCAUGUUCUGGAAGUGGAGCCCAAUUCCCCAGCUGCCCUCGCCGGCUUGCGGCCGCACACCGACUACAUCAUCGGAGCCGACACUGUUAUGAAUGAGUCAGAGGACCUGUUCUCUCUGAUAGAGAGCCACGAGGGGAAAGGCCUGAAGCUGUAUGUGUACAACACAGACACCGACAACUGCAGAGAGGUGAUCAUCACACCGAACAGUGCCUGGGGAGGAGAGGGCAGCCUUGGGUGUGGGAUUGGUUAUGGAUACCUCCACAGGAUUCCCACCAGGCCUUUUGAGGAGGGUAAGAAGAUCAGCUUUCCUGGAAACUCUCCUAGUGAGCCCAUCAGUCCGAUGAAGGAUGGAUUUACUGAGGUCCAACUGUCAGCAGUGACCCCUCCUCCUGUUGUGCCCUCUGGCCUUGAAGAUUCACUGUCAGGCCUGUCAAUCAGCACAGCCCCGCCCACCAUGCCCAGCGAGCUGCAGACAGGUCUGCCCACAGUCCCUCUGCUCCCCUCCUCCACCAGCCCAUCCCUCAGCCCCCUCACCCCUCUCAACCCCGCCGCUACGAGCUUCAACCCCGCCACCACGCUACCAGGUCUGAUGCCUCUCCCAGCUGGCUUACCUCCACUCCCUAACCUGCCCAACCUCAACCUGCCACUCCCAGACCUUAGUGCCGUGUCAUUAGCAGGAGCACCGCCAUUAGGAACCACAGUCCCAGGUCUGGCAUCUCUCCCACCCCUCAACAUCCCCGGCCUGGCCCCCUUACCCCCUCUCCCCACCAUGUUGCCCUCCCAGUUGCCUCCUCUCCUCCCCCAGGGAGUGGCCCCCUUCCUCCCCAUCUCCACUACCACCCCUCCGGCCUCGGUCACCGUCACAGCGGCGCCCGCCGCCGAGCCCACAGUCCCCACGGAAGCUGCCUCCACGAACGCACCGGAAUCGCUGGCCCCCACGGAAACAACGGUAGCGUCGUAACCUGGGAAAGAAGCUCCAGCUUGCCAUCAAACCAAAACACACACCCGGUCUCUCUCUUUCUCCCGUCUGUCUUUCUCUGUGUUUUUUCUAUUUAUUUGGCCAAGUGGGGACAGGCAGACAGCUGCAUUAGUUCAGGCACAGAGGUCGGCGUGCUCUGGUUAUGGGUGAGGAAGCUUGUGUGGAGCGUUGAAGGAUGAAUGGAUAUGAAGAAUGGAGGACGAAUGUAGACUGGUCUCACCAACAUGUCUUUCAUUGCCAGAUUGUCUCGGAGCUCGUCUACUGUAUGCGGAGGACGAGGUCUAUUCUUUGGUUUGUAGUGUGUUUCGCACUGCUGCAGUUACAACAAGACACAACUAUCUUAGGAUUUUCCCCUUUCUGAUCCGGCAGUCCUCUCUGCUUCACACACUUUUUUUUUUUAAAAAUAUAUACAUAUAUAAAAUAUAAAUGGUGUAUGUUAAUGGGGCUGGACGAUACUACAUACAUCUUGAGUCCCAUGAAUAAAUGGAAAUUAACCUCCAUCCAACGCACAGUUGAGUCCAGACGUCAUUUAACUGGUCAUACUGGAGCGAAUGAGGAUAGACACGUCGGUAUGGGCUGACAGGAGAAAAUGAAUAUCUUGCACUGCUGUAUCAGAACAUGUUAUAGUAAAUAUGAAUUCCUCUUGUUACAGAUUUUUGGUCUUAUCGUCCAGCCCUAACUUGUAACCUUUUUAUUAUUAGCUGAUAGACCCCCUGACCAGUAGAUUAAUUUGAUUGACAUGCAUUAUUAUUUUUUUUUUUUUGUUGAAAUUGCGUUAUGACUGUCCACCCAAUGAAUGAAUCUGCAUUAUUUUGCACCACCUUCUGUGUUUUGAAAUGGUUAGUCUGUCCCUUUUUGUUUGUCUCCGUGUAUACCCAGAACUCCAGAGUACCCGUCUCCACCACACAGGGAUGGUGACAACCUGACGGCCAUGCCGGGGGGAGACAGAGGUUUACAGUUACAUGAGCUUCAGAGAGUGUGUGUGUGUGUGUGUGUGCGUGUGCGUACGUUUGCUGUUUGGUGAUCAGAUACACCGCAGGUCUCCCCCCGGCAUGGAGGAAGCAAAUUGGUAGGCAGCCAUGCAGUGAGGCAGUACGGCCUCAAGGUGUCACUGUAACAGAACUUUAUGAAAACAUUGACAGUAUGCACAGUGCAAGCAAUAAAGCCAAAUUAAUUUUACAC